AUGCUGACGAGACAAUACAUGUUGAGUCGUUCUGGCAUCAGCAAGUUCACACGCGCUGGUUACUCCACUAUUGCCACAGAACAACAACCACGCACAUUUUCAAACCAGUCAAAGUUACCAAGGCUUCCUAUCCCCGACCUUCAACUGACGUCCGCUCGUUACAAGCGUACGUUAUUACCUCUCUUGACUACGACGGACUAUGAAUCCGUAUCAACAAAGAUCGAUCGUUUCUUUCAGCCCGGAGGUCUCGCAGAAAAAUUACAAUCUCGACUAUACCAACUUGACGAACAGGAGGCAAAGUUGGGUGUCAAUUGGCUUGACCGUCUUUGGCUCAAGAAAGCCUAUCUCGAAUACCGUAUUCCAACUCUCAUCAAUGUCAACUGGUGGAAUCAGUUCAAGGAUCCCGAUACAGGACUUGGAAAGGGAGCUCCUGAUGGACAAGUGACUGAUUUCCAAUUCGAUAGGUCGGCUGGUAUGAUUGCUGGAUUGGUCGAUUAUUCUAAUCGCGUCAACAAUGAGCAGAUACCUCCAGAUGUAUCAAGAUCUGGUCCUUUCUGUAUGCAUCAACUAAAGAACAUGUUUGGAACAAGUCGUAUUGCAGCCUCUGGCUGUGAUAAAGUGAUCACUCAAUGGCCAUGUUUAGCCAAACAUAUCAAUGUUAUCUACAAGGAUCAAAUAUUCUCUGUGGAUGUCAUUGGUCCUAAUGGAGAAACUGUUCCUGUGAAACAGAUUGAACAACAACUACGCCAAGUCGUGCAACAAGUAGAACAGACACCUGUUGAACAGCGUCAGGCUGCUGUUGGCCUACUGACUACAGAGCACAGAGAUAUCUGGGGACCUAUUCGUGAGCAAAUGGAAAAACAGACCACCAAUGCCAAAUCACUUAAAAAUAUUGAUGACUCCUUGUUCGUGUUCUGCUUAGAUGAUUACAGUUCGCCCUUGGAUCUUGAUCUAUCUCAUCGCAACAUCUUUCACGGAAGAAACGGAAGAAACAGAUGGUUUGAUAAAGCUUUACAGUUUAUUGUAGAAAAUAAUGGACGUGCUGGUAUUAAUGGCGAGCACUCACCUGCUGAUGCAGUUAUUCCUUCUCGUAUUGUUGAUGAUGUAUUGGCGCGUGAACCUAUCCAAAACAGUGCUGCUUCUGUGCCUGGAUUGGCUCAGCCUAAAUUAUUGACAUGGGAGCUAUCGAGCAGUGUUCAGGAUGCUAUUCGUACAGCCGAAGACAAUGCUUCUAAACUUAUUCAGGAUUUGGAUAGCGUCCUGCUUCACUAUCAUAACUAUGGCUCAAAUUUCAUGAAGGCAGCUAAGGUCAGUCCUGAUGCAUGGCUUCAGAUGGCAUAUCAACUAGCUUACUACAGACACUACGGCAAGCCCUGCCCUACCUAUGAGUCUGCGUCAACCAGAAAGUUCCUGACCGGCCGUACCGAGACCGUUCGAAGCUGCUCUGUAGAAACAGUGGCAUUCACCAAGGCUUGGGAUGAUAAGAACGUGAAGUUAUCUGAAAAGUUGAAUCUAUUCCAAAAGGCCGUUGCUGGACAUUUAGAGUACAUGAAGGCCGCAAGCAGCGGCCAUGGCGUUGACCGCCAUUUACUGGGACUUCGCUGUCAAAUGACACCAGAAGAAGCAGCAUCAGAUGAUGCAGCCAUCUACCAAGAUCCUUCCUACUGGGGAUCUCAAUACUGGCUGCUGUCUACGUCCAACACGUCACCAGGCGAUAUGGCCUGGGGUGGAUUUGGUGCUGUCGUUCCUGAAGGAUACGGCAUAAACUAUGCUAUCGGCAAGGAACGCAUUCGUAUGAGUGUUUCUUCAUGGAAUUCGUAUGCUGACACCAAUUCUUCAAGCUUCAGAAAGACAAUUCAGGGUGUCCUUGAUGACUUUGGAGAUGUUGCCGAAAGAUACUUUAUUCAAAAAUAA